AGCACGAGCACGGGCGCCCGGUUGCAUUUGAUUUAAGCCGCCGCAUACCACAGCAGGGAGACCGUUCUGUUUCGUUCACUAAAUGACUAUCCAUGGAAGAUGUAUUUUUAUUUUUUAACUACGACCUGCUUUUCAACUGAUAACUGAGAAACCGUAGAUAAAAUAAUAUGUUAAAGUGAUUACCAAGGGUAAAUAAUAAACAAUACCGGGCAAGCAAGGUCCCUUCCCCGAGCGCAGGUGGAUCCAACGAAGUGGUGGAACUGGGUAUUGAACGAGGACAGGAACUGCAGCGUACCACGAUAAACUCGGGACUUCUAGCCUACUACUACUAUAUUCAAAUAAUAGGUCUAACUAUUCAUUCCUAUAUCUGCUUUUUGGGGGUCCAAUAUGAUGCUAAAUUGUUUCACAGCCUGGAUGUGUAUCAGAACAUCAUUAUAAUGGAAAUAGAAUAACCCAAGUGAUGUUGCCACUGUAGAACGCAUAACGCACUUGGACUAAUAGGUGUGUAACUCUAAUCAAAAUAUUGCUUUGUUUGGUUUCCAAGCCUGCUUUAAUUGAAAUAAUACCUAGUUCUCUCUUAUGUGGACCUAUAAUAGUGUUUAAAGGAUGCCUGAAGCACUCGCCCCAGCCCAGGCGCUCUACAUCGGCAUGGAGGUGGUGAUUGCCGUCUUUUCCGUCCUGGGUAAUGUGAUGGUGGUCUGGGCGGUGAAAAUUAACAAAUCGUUGAGAGACACAACAUUCUGUUUCAUCGUUUCUCUGGCCCUGGCGGAUAUCGCAGUGGGAGCCCUCGUCAUCCCCUUGGCGAUAACUAUCAGCAUCGGACUUCAAACUCACUUCUACAGCUGCCUAAUGGUCGCGUGCACGGUGCUGGUACUGACGCAAAGUUCCAUCCUGGCCCUCCUGGCCAUUGCGAUUGACCGCUAUCUCAGGGUCAAGAUUCCAACCAGCUACAAGCGUGUGGUGACAAAGCUAACUCCGGUGGUGGUGUGUUGGACUGUGGCCUUCAUCGUGGGACUUGACUCCUGCUGUUACUGGAACAACCUCUGGAGGUGCUGCACUCCGUUACUCCUCAUGCUGGUCAUUUACACAGAGAUCUUCUACAUGAUCCACAAGCAGCUCAACAAGAAGGCUUGCACCAUCAGCCACACCGACCCCAACAAGUACUACGACAAGGAACUCAAACUGGCCAAGUCCCUGGCCCUGGUCCUCUUCCUGUUCGCCAUCAGCUGGCUUCCCCUCCACAUCAUCAACUGCAUCACGUUGUUCUGUCCGACCUGCGACAAACCCCUGUUCCUGGUCUACAUGGCCAUAUUGCUCACGCAUGGCAACUCAGCCGUCAACCCCAUCGUCUACGCCUUCCGCAUCAAGAAGUUCCGCGACGCUUUCCUGAAGAUCUGGAAGCAGUACUUCUGUUGUAAGGACGUACCCGCCAUCUUGAACCAGCCUAGUGAGAAGGAUCGGAAGGAGAACGAGAACCAGAAUGGGAACGGGAAUCCUAAUCCGAUCGGGGACUCACCGCCAGCUCCUUCGCCAUCACAAGAAGGGCAGCAGCUUCCACUAGAGCAGAUGGUUAAACACCAGCAGCCACAGAAACCGCCGAUGGAGCACAACAAUAUCUAACUAUCCCUGGAAGAAAGGGAGUUUCUACAUUGACGUUUCAGAAACCUUUGAGUUCCUAUGUUUUUUUGGAGAUGACUAGAGGUUGUUUGACAGGAGUCAGAGGCAUUCUGAUAGUAGUCGUUUCCCGAAUGUGAGGCAACCAAUGGAGGAGGAGCGCGAGAAACAUUCCAGCAGUUUACUUUUUGUACCUUUCACCUUUCACCUGGAUGUGACUGGAUGUUUGUGUAUACUACUUUGAAAGGAGUGUGACAUGGUACCUAGUGAAUGGAAGGAUUCUGGAGCCGUGUUAGGCGACUCGCAACUUAAGGAUCCAUCUUACAGACUGUGAAAUCUAAUUUUAACAUUCGUGUGGAGGUGUAUUUGAGUUUGAGGCAGAGGGGGGUAAAGAAAAAAAAAACAUUGAAAAUGAGUAUUAGGGUUUAUACGGUAAAAACACUGAGAAUUAAUAUUAGGGUUUAUACGGUGAAAAAAGUGUAAUCAAAAACGUGCAAUAAUGUAAGUCUAUUUGAUAAUGAGACUGAGACAUCUUAGUAGCUAACUGAACUGAACUGAAGGCACUAAGCUUUAAAUGACAGUUAACAGAACAUUGACAGUUGACCUUUUUAGCGUUGUGAAAUUAGAGAGGAACUGACAGUUGGUGGGAUCCUCAUUCAAAAAAAAGUGCAAAAUUGAGCACUGAUGGUGAGGUAUAAUCCGUGUCAGAUUAUCAAACGUUAUAACACUGAAUAAACAUGUGGCUUAAAAGAGUUCCAGAUGUUGCAAGAUUAAUGUUCCUGCUGUUUAUUAAACUGUACUGAUUUAAGCUAACAAAGGCUUUAUAUGAAUGUAGUGAUGUAAAUUUGAAUUAAAUGUAGCUACGGUGGCAGCUGUGAAUGAAUGCUCACUUCUUGAUUCAGGGUCUUAAGGCACGAGAAGCACAGUGGAGGAACGAGUGGAGGUCUCCUCUCCUCUCUACACCUCUCCUCUCUACACCUCUCCU